AUGCAUCGCGUCACAUAUUGGGUGCUACUAAUCCACCACUAUUACAUGCUCGCUGUGGGCAUUGUGCGUUUUCGUUAUGACUUCGUUGCCGACAAGCCCCACACGACGACCUUCAUCACGUACUACAGUGUGGUGGCCAAUGUGCUGACCAUAUGCUCAUUACCUUGGAUAUAUCACACUUCCUUUAACGUUUUUCUACAACACGAUCGGAUUGGAAAGCUGGCGCUCUACAUCUUCGUCGGCUCAAGAACGUUGCGCGUGCUGGCUGUAGUGAUAGCCAUAGUGCACAAUUGGCUGAGACGCGAGGAAUUGCUGACGGUCAUACGUGAAUUCAAUUUUCUGCGCUGGACGUUCUUUUCACGGUUCACCGUUGCAGCGCCAGCACAACGACACUUCGAAAUAAAGAUAGUGCGAAAUAUUUUAUCGGGUCUGAUGAUCGAUGUGUCCGGUUUUAUAAUGAUACUGUUUGCCUACAGCGAGCAAGCGUCAUCAGAGUUCAUAUUGAGCAGCAUAAUGUUCACCUUUGUCUCGAACAUUCUAUAUUUGGUAAUAAAUCAGUAUUAUUUCGCAUUACGAACCGUUAUCUUAUUCGGUAACUUGAUGAACCAGCAGCUGACUGACAUAAUGAAAUUCACUGAGCAUGUGGCAUCACUGCAACAUAAACACCGAAACCAUGUGCAAUUCAAGGCGCGUUGCCGUCUGCUGAGCCAAGAACUGGACGAGCUAUCAGUGGUGUAUUGGCAGCUGCAGACCUUAGCUGAGCGCAUCACUGACAUCUUCAAGUGGCAGGGCCUGGGCGUGCUCACUAACAUGUACAUUUUCAAUGUAUCGCUUAUAUAUACCGUUGUCUCGAUGCUCUGGACCGGUGAAUUCACAGUAAGCCACUAUGACUGGGUGGCUGUACUAAUGGCGACGACAAGCGUCGUCUAUUUGCUGGAUGUGCGAGAGUUUUUGGGUUUGCAGCUGGAGCACAUGGAUAUAUUCAACUUGAAGUUUUUGCAUUUGGAGACCUACAGCUCGCUGCCACCUUUGGACAAGGCACUCGAACGAAGUGUAGAGAGAUUUCAUAUGCAGCUUUCCAUCAACAAAUACGAGAUGAGCUUAUUGGGUCUUUUCAAGUUCAACGGUGAAGUCGGCUUCUCUAUGUUUGCCUCGAUGCUGUUGAGUUCUAUUUUAGUUAUACAAUUCGAAUAUCAAUAUUUUCACUAG